UUCAAUAUAGCCCAUGAGCCUCACAUUGGGUUAGAAACUUCAUUUCGGUGAUUUCAAAAGCUGUGACAUUCUGUUGGAAAAUACAGUGCCAUAAAUGCCAAAAAAGGAAAAAUACAAAUUUAAAACCUAGUUAUUAGAAUUUGUGAUAAUUUUCACAAGCUCAAGACAGUGAACUUGCAACAUAAGGAGUAACCAUGGAAACAGAACAUGAUAAGAAUGAUGAGGUGACAACAAGUUCAAGUGAUGUAUACUCAACACCAAUAGCUCUCGGAUUUGAAGUACUAACCGAGUCCUCACCAAGUUCAGGUCCUGCAGUAGUAUAUGGACCCUCUAAUUUCUCAGAAAUAGAACCAAGUACAUGUUUGGUCUCUUAUAAUAAAGAUGUGAGAGAUGCUGCAGCAGUGAGGGGUAGAUGUGGAUUAUAUAAUCUGGGGAAUACCUGCUUUAUGAACGCCGGACUUCAAUGUUUGACAAGCACCAUGCCGUUAGUCAAGUUCCUGCUUGGGUACUACCAGAACAGAAAAACCUUAGACGAUACGCUUUUUGGACAGUUUCAAAAGUUGUUUGCUAAGAUCUGGUCUGGUCAGUUUUCGAUUGUACAUCCAAAAGAUUUCAAGCAGACUCUUGGAAUAUACCACACACAGUUUCAGGAUUAUCGACAGCAUGACUGUCAAGAAUUCCUGGCUCUGUUACUGGACAGUUUACAUGAACAGCUCAAUUUUAAAAGUCAGUCAACCAAUCAGAACACUGAAGCUGGGCCUAGUUGUGAGAAACAACCAAUCACAUUUGAGCACAAUAUUAAUAACAGGGGCGCAUCCAAUCUUGGUGUUUCUGAAGGCGAAAACAGGGUAAAUGAUAAAUCAAAGAAUGCAGCAACGAGCCAUUCUUCCUUGACCUUUGAUAAUAUGAAAGAAUCAAAAUUUGUACAGUCAGAAAAAGUUAUGGGGGAUGAAUUGAAAAGUGACUAUUAUGAAAAGAGGAAAAGUGGGUCAAAUAUAGCGGGCUUCACUGUAAACCCAAUAUCAGAAGACAGUAACCAUUCCACCUUGUCUGAACAAAGUUCAGAGUCGGAACAAUGCUCUGUGAUGAAAAAUUUAAAGUUACGCUCAAGUCCGACUGUUAGUCAGUCGAGUGUUGGACUUUCUCCGAGGGUCGUGAACGAGUUAGGAGAGAAAGUCUGUGAUGUAACGUCAUCUGAUGACAUUAAUAUUGGUAAAAAUGAGAUUACUGAUGAGUGUGAAAGUUCUGGAAUAGAAGGUUUUAAACGUGUACACAGUCUGCAGGAUUUCAGAAGUAAACAAGAUGAAUGUUUGAAUGUUCUGAUGAAAGCUUCAAGUGAUAAUGAUCUAGUCAGUAAAGCAUCUGGUGAUGUUGAUGAAGCAGAUGAUUUUGAUUCAGGGUUUCGAAUGAAUGAUGAAACUAGUCAAAUGGGCCAGAAGAAUAAUGUGUCAGUAAGUCUGAAACCAGAGUGUUGUGAUAUUGAACAGAAAAGUUCAUGUGUAGAUGAGAUAUCAGAAUGUAGCUCGGAACCCUUCAUUUUAAACAAUGCAAUAUCGACUACAAGUGUACCGUCACUGGAGGACCUGUAUGCGAAGGAGACUAAAACACUGAACACAAAUGUCCUAGCUACAGAGUAUAUGGAAGAAUCUAUAACCACUGAUUCAGACAAAUUUUCAAAACAUGAUAACACAAGUGAAAGGAUUGAAAAUGUAGAUGAAGAGGAUUUGAUCAAUAAUGUCAUGGAAGUAACAACAAAGAAUGAUGGAUUUGAAAUGCCAAAGAAAGUUAAAGAUGUAAAUAUCAGGGCAGAUAAAAAGAGUAAAUCACCUAAAGGGGCAUGUGGAUCAAACAGUGGAAUGGGGUCGGAAAAGGAAGACUGUUUUUCUUUAAGCGGAGUGAAAAGAAUGAAAUUUGAAGGUACAGAGAAAAACCUUCAGAUGCAAGAAAUUUGUAAAAUUCAAAAAGAAGCUCUUAUAUCAGAAGCCUUGAAUGUUAAAAAGCCAAAAAAUGUUGAACGUGUUGAGAAAAUUUCAUGUACACGCGAAGCAAGCCCAAGUGUGGAUAGUGACAUUGAAAGUGAUAUGGUAGAAGAUCAAGACGAAGAUAAUGAGAUGGAGGUGUCUGAUAAUGAGGCUGAGGAAAUGUUACCUCAAGGUCCUAGAACUCUAGCUGAGGGUGCAUGUUACACGACGGCUGAAGUGCUAGCAGCUGAGGAUGCAUGGCAGAAAUACUUACGAAGGAAUGAUAGUAUUGUUGUAGACACUUUCCAAGGGCAGUUUAAAUCAACAGUUGUAUGUGCAAGAUGUAGCCAGGUGUCAGUUACAUUUGAACCAUUCAUGUAUCUCUCGGUACCAAUCCCUCAUGCCAUGGAAAGACAACUCUGCAUCACAUUCAUAUCAUUGAGGUCUGAGCCACUUCAUCUGUUGCUGGAAAUGCAUAAACAAGACAAGAUUCUCAAGGUGAAGCAAGAGCUGUGCAAUUUGAUUGGUGGAAAUCCCAGUGACAUCAUCAUUGCUGAGGUUCUUGACUGGCAUAUAUCAAGAAUUCUAGAAGAUAAUACCAUGCUUCGGUAUAUCAACGACUCAUCUAGAAAAAUGUAUGCUUUUGAAAUGGACCAAUCAAUGACUGGCAGUGCUCUAGAGAGUGAGACACCUUCUGGUCUGAAUGUAACGCCAGCCACUUCUCAAGACAGUAUUACAGCGCAGGCAGAUGUAUUUAAUGAUGUCGGAACAUUUUUCGUCAACAGUAAUGUGAAUUUGGGUUCUGACAAUUUCCCUGAAGCGAGCCCUUACUAUGAUCAGUCUGGGUCAGCAGAUUUUAAAAACACAGAAAACCUUGAUAUGGUUGGUACCAGUUUGUGGGAAUGGAACCAGGGUGGUUCCGAUAAAAGGAGAGGAAGCCUGGAAACAGAAACUGGUGAAAAUCCGGUGGUUGACAGCACCACUUCUGUGACUGGAUUUGAUAUAACGGAAGAUGUUGCAAGAGCAGAGAGUCACGAGACUGCAGAAAUGGUAGAGAAAUCCACGGUGACUAGCUCCACUGUGACAACAGAUGAUUGGAAAUCUUGUGCAAUUUGCCUUGAGGAAAUGCCAGAGAAUGAACUGAUGGUCCAUACAACAUGUGGUGGCACAUUUUGUUCUGCAUGUCUUGAGAUGUCAGCGCAGCAUUACAGGGAUUCUGUUUACUGUUGUCCUGUAUGUUCUACACCAGCAGAUAUGACUGAAGACUUUGUACCACUUACUAAUGCUGCCAACCAUAAACCAAAAACAAGGAUUGUUGCUAUUCCUAUAUCAUACCGUUGUGAGAAAGACAUUUCAGGGGCAAAUAAUCCAUACCUGUUUGCACAUCCGUCACUACUGAACCUGCCUAGUAACCUCACAGGACAGCAUAUCUAUACAUGUAUACGUAGUGUCAUACCUGAUUUACAGGACUUCAAAAUAUUGCUCACUGAUGGAACGGGUCUUCACUGUUCCCGAUGCCUCUACAUGGAACACUGUUCAGGCUGUGAAAUACCUCAAGACGGUGAAGCUAUAUUACGUCCCGGCGACCAUCUAGCGGUCAGCGUGCAAUCUGUUACUGAAGAACAAGUUGUAGGGUAUCAGAGGUUAAUGGAACAUAAAUCAAUGGAGAAACAGAGCUCUAAUGAUCCAAUUACUCUCUUGGACUGCUUCAGGGCUUUCACUCAAAGUGAAGAGUUGGAUGAACACAACCCAUGGUUCUGUCCUCACUGUAAGGAGAAUCAGAGAGCAAAGAAAACCAUGACAGUUUGGCAGUACCCAGAUACACUCAUUAUACAACUCAAAAGAUUUGUAUUCCACGAGUUAUCAAGUACGAAAGUCGAUAACAAAGUGGUGUUCCCAAUUGACAAUCUUGAUCUCAACGAAUUCAUAUCGGGACCAAAGACAAAGAACCUCAUGUAUAAUCUCUACAGUCUUGUUUGUCACUUUGGGGGUGCAAACUCGGGUCAUUAUACAGCGUAUGCUAAACAUCCAGUGGACGGGCAGUGGUGUUACUACAACGAUGAAACUGUUACAGAAAGUAUCCCUGGUGACGAGGAGUUUACGAGUACCUAUGUUCUCUUUUACCAAAGGAAAGGUACAGAUAAAGCUCUUCAGAUUCCAGAUGACCUUGACCUUGCAUUUGAAGCAGAAGGCACUGAUUCUGUCGCUAGUAGCAGCAUUCCCAAUGUGAUUUUCCAACCUCCUCAGGAGGACAUAACUCUAAAUUUGAACAGUAAAGCAGCAUCUACAUCCAGUAACAUAGCGCCACCUACAUCCUGUCAGACAGCUACAUCUACUUCCUGUCACCAGGUGGCAGCUUCUUCAGGUGCUUGUGACUUGUUUGAUUCAGCUGACCAAUCAGAAAGAAGAACUGAAGAUUACACAGCAGAUUCAAGUUGUGUAAGGGCGGAGCUUGCUGAAGCAGACAGCACUGGGCCUACAUACGAAUUUUAUUCCUAAAUUUGAAUGAUCUUCAUAACAAAAACAGAGUUAUCAAGUUUUUUAAUUACCUCAAGUUUUUUUUAUCUAAUUAUUUGAUUAUGGAAAUGUAAACUUUUGAACAGUGAACAGAGAUUUAUACCUGUCUGAGAAUAUUACAGUUAAGUUGAAAGGAAAUAUUUGUUGUUGAUGAGAGUCCAUUGUUGGCAGUAAUUAUGGUAAUUUCUGACUGAUAGUAAUUUGCCCAUUGUGUUAUUAUUAAGUGUUUUUAGCUCGACUAUUCGAAGAAUAGUCUAGCUAUUCUACUCACCCGACGCCGACGCCGGCGUCACACCUUGGUUAAGUUUUUGCAUGCAAGUACAUACAGCUAUCAUUUAAAGGCAUAUAGCUUUGAAACUUAUUUAUUCUUUUUCUAGGUCAAUUACCAACCUCACUGGGUCAAGUUCCAUAACUCUAACAUGUAUUUUGAGCAAAUUAUGCCCCCUUUUGGACUUAGAAAAUUCUGGUUAAAGUUUUACAUGCAAGUUACUAUCUCCAAAACUAAUGCAGAUAUUGAAUUGAAACUUCACAUGUGUCUUCGGGGUUAUAAAACUAGUUGAUAGCACCAAGUCCCAUAACUCUGACCUUCAUUUUGGCCAAAUUAUGCCCCCUUUUGUACUUAGAAAAUUUUGGUUAAAGUUUUGCGUGCAAGUACAUACAGCUAUUACUAAAAGGCAUAUAGAUUUGAAACUUAUUUUUUCUUUUUCUAGAUCAAUUACCUACCUCACUGGGUCAAGUCCCAUAACUCUGACAUGUAUUUUGGCCAAAUUAUGCCCCCUUUUGGACUUAGAAAAUUCUGGUUAAAGUUUUGCGUGCAAGUACAUACAGCUAUUACUAAAAGGCAUAUUGAUUUGAAACUUAUUUUUUCUUUUUCUAGAUCAAUUACCUACCUCACUGGGCCAAGUCCCAUAACUCUGACAUGUAUUUUGAGCAAAUUAUGCCCCCUUUUGGACUUAGAAAAUCCUGGUUAAAGUUUUACAUGCAAGUUACUAUCUCCAAAACUAAUGCAGAUAUUAAAUUGAAACUUCACAUGUGUCUUCGGGGUUAUAAAACUAGUUGAUAGAAUCAAGUCCCAUAACUCUGACUUGUAUUUUGGGCAAAUUAUGCCCCUUUUGGACUUAGAAAAUCCUGGUUAAAGUUUUGCGUGCAAGUACAUACAGCUAUUACCAAAAGGCAUAUAGCUUUGAAACUUAUUUAUUCUUUUUCUAGGUCAGUUACCAACCUCACUGGGUCAAGUUCCAUAACUCUUAACAUGUAUUUUGAGCAAAUUAUGCCCCCUUUUGGACUUAGAAAAUUCUGGUUAAAGUUUUACAUGCAAGUUACUAUCUCCAAAACUAAUGCAGAUAUGGAAUUGAAACUUAACAUGUUUCUUCGGGGUUAUUAAACUAGUUGAUAGCAUCAAGUCCCAUAACUCUGAUAUGCAUUUUAGUCAAAUUAUGUCCCGUUUCGAACUUAAAACUCUUUUGAUAUUUAACAUUUUGGGUAAUAAUUUCCUGCUUCUGUGACAAUAUUUCGAAUAGUCGAGCUUGGCUGUCUUACGGACAGCUCUUGUUAUUUAAGUAUUACUAAAUGAAGUUGCGUAGACAGAAAUUGUACAUUUUUGAUACUGGAAUGAAUUUUCCUUGAAAUGGUCAUGAAAGGUGUAACUGAGCUAUGUUGUUAUUUACUGAAAUGUUUACAAAAUGACCUUUUUUGUGUUUUUGGUUUUGUUGUGUUGAAUUUAUUUGUGAACAAAUGUUGUUUUUACCCUUAUAAUGCAAUGAUAAAUGCUUGCCAAUGGCUUUAUUUUACAAUCACAUAAUUUCUGUAUUUGAAAAUUAAAAAUCAGAAAGUAUGCAAUCUAGUUUGAAGUCAUUUUACAUGAAAGAAGUCAUUUUUGGUAGACCUUGUUUUGAAUGUAUCUUUUAUUGUAUGGGAAUUCCUUUUCUGACUGGUUACUAUAUCAAUCAGUAAGUCUGUAUAAAUACUUUUUGUAGUUGCAGAUAGAAACUCUAAAAGUUAUGUUUGUUUCAAAAAGUUUUAAAAUAUGAGAAUGAUGUGUUUAUUAUUUUUCUUUGCAUCGUUAGAGAAGUUUUCAAGUUAUAUCAGUAAUUAACUACUGGUCUUUCAGCACAGUUACUUAGUGACAUGUGAUUCAUCAGAAUAAUAUUAUGUGUAAUAUUUUCCCUAUUUAUCUUACUUUAUAUGUAAGGGUCACUGACUUGGGACAACCUGCCCCCGGCCACUUAGGGUUGGAAAUUUUUUAUCAGACUGUAGACUGAAGUCUUUCAUCUGAGGAACCUGUCCAGCUGGCUUACAGAAGCCCAAUAGUUUCACCCAGGAGCCUGCUUGCACCUGAAAUGAUUGUGGUUGGGGCAUAUGAGGUCUUUUUCUGUCUUCAAAAGCUGGAAAAAUGCAUAUUACCUAAAUAUAUGUUGGUGUGUCUUAGAUCCUGCAAAACACACAAGACUUACUUGAUAGGACAAAAUUUCAUAUGUGUGAUAUCAAUUUAGUUUUUUAUUUUAUUUUAUUUUUGUUUUGUGAUAUUUUUUGUCCAUUUUGUAGUAUUUGCACUUUUGUUUCCGUUUAUGCUUAAUUUCUCAUUGAUUACUUGUUUGAUUAUGAAAGUACUACAUAUAUACCUUUUUUUGAAAUAAAAAAGUACUAGAAUUCCUGAUUUGGGAUGCACAAAUCAGUAUGUUCUAGAUGGGUUCAAACCUUUGUCAGUCAGUUUUGAAAAUUGUUGAAACAUGAAUGAGUGUGCAAGAGAAAUCUGUGACUGGUUUUUCAUGAAAAUUGUAAUAGGAUAAUUAGGACCAGAGAUGAGAAAUUUAAAGGAUUUCUGAUACUUACUAAUGUUGUGAUACAGAGCAAGAUGUAAUAUUGUUUUCACCAGAACAAGGUGUUUUUGUUUUUCUACAUAUCAAAUCGCAAAAAAAUGUUCCUUCAUUGCCUUUCAAAAGAAACUUAGUUCCAAUGUAACUUUAGUUUGCAGCAAUGUAAAACCCAGCUCAGUCAGUCAGCCCAACCUGAGACAGAGUGGCUUAAAGGGAAAGGUUGUGUUGUUUUACUUGCUAUUUCUGUCUGAUAGUUCAUCUUAUUUCAUUUAAGGAAGUGAACAAAAUUUUUAAUCUUCCUGAUUGGUUUAAGAAUGAAAAAGUUACAAAUAUUUCAGUUUUUGAUAAAAAAAAAAUACUGUCAUUUUGUUUCCAUAGCAACAUAAAACAAAAUGGCAUAUUUCAUUCAUUUUCAUGAAAGGCAUGACAAAACUUUCGUACAAGUCCUAAUUAGUUUUAGGCAUUCCUUUCUCUUUAAAGAGUGACUUGUUGUCUCAAAUAUUUCCUGUAAUUCAAUACAAUUGAGUGAUACCCCUUGUAACAUUGAAGAAAAAAACAGUUUAUGAAUCAUUCUGUUGUUUACACACAUGUUCACAUGUUUCUUAUUACUAAUUUAUGUAUUUAUAUUUAUAUCUCUUUGUAUUGAUUGACAUUGUAUCAGAGAAAUAAACAAAAAAUAUUUGUUGAUCAAA